AUGGCCAACAGAGCAGGAUAUCAGUAUGGGAUCGUUGGGAUGGGAGGAAUUGGCAAGACAACUUUAGCUCAGAAGAUAGACAAUGAUCAUAAAAUAAGAGAGAGAUUUCACCAGGUCCUUAUCUGGCUGUCCAUUUCACAGAGCAUUGCGGAGAACGAUUUACUGAAGGAGGCCAUCGAAAAAGCAGGAGGGCGGCCCAAUCAGCAGCAGAGCAAGGAUCAGCUUGUACAAGUUCUACUGCAUUCCAUCAGUGGAAAAAGUGUCUUUCUUGUGCUGGAUAACAUGACCAGUCCUCAUGUAUGGAUCAAUCUUCUACGUUCUCUGAUGGAGAGUGAUAUUGGAGCAAAAAUUGUUAAGAAAUGCGAUGGCCAUCCUCUUUCCAUCAAGGUCAUUGGAGGUGUCCAAUCAUCCAGGUCGAGCAAGGAACAAUGGGAGAGAAUACUGGAGAGAAGAUGGUCUAUUGAUGGACUUUCAGAAGAACUAGAAGGUGCUUUGUACUUAAGCUACAGUAACUUACACCCACAACUCAAACAGUGCUUCCUCUGGUGUGCCUUGUUGCCUCAGAAUUUCGAUAUUCACCGAGAUGUCACGUACUGGUGGAUUGCUGAAGGUUUUGUGAAGGAAGAGGGCAGCGGACCGAUACAUAACAUCGCCAAAGAUUAUUACCAUGAGCUGAUCAAGAGGAAUCUGCUACAGACAAGGCCAGAGUAUGUCGACAAGAGAGUAUCAACAAUGCAUGACCUGUUAAGGCAACUUGGCCAAUUUCUGACAAGGAAUGAAGCCGUCUUCAUGAAAGAGAAGCGUGAUCGUUGCCCAUCAAGUAUUUGCCGAUUAGGUGUCGGGAGCGUCGUUGACGAAAUACCUGCUAUAGAAGAGAAGAAACGCUGGUACGGCCUCGAGAGCAUACCUGCAUCGGUGGGUUACUUGGCGCUGCUGAGGCUGCUAGAUCUCAGCUACAGCGAGAUCAAGGAGCUUCCAGGGUCCAUCGGAAACCUUACCAGCCUUGGAUGCCUUUCAGUGUUUGGUUGCACAAAGUUGGCAGCUUUGCCACCGAGUCUGAUGAGGCUGACCACGAUAAGCUUCCUCCAGACAGGAAACACAGGACUGGCACAUGUUCCGAAAGGUAUUGAGAAUUUCAGGCAGAUGGAUAACCUUAGAUCAGUUUUCCAGAAUGGUGCUGGUGGUUUUCGAGUAGAUGAACAUAGGGCACUCUCCAUGAUACGAUGCCUCUGGGUUAUCCGGCUGGAGACAGCCACACCACCAACUGAGCCCGUACUGUGCAAUAAGGGUUACCUGAAAGAGCUAGGCCUGCGCUGCACCAUGAGGAAGGAAGCCAAUUGUCGAACUCACUACCCGGACAGCGAGAUGAAGAGGAUUGAGGAGAUCUACGAGAGUCUUUGCCCACCGCCAAACCUAAGCUACAUCUUUAUUGAUGGGUUCCCUGGUCGCAUGUUUCCAGCUUGGCUAUCUUCAGAACCGCAGAAUAAACUGCCAAACCUGGCUCAUAUGCACUUCUAUGACUGCACAUCCUGCCCGAAGCUUCCCCCAGCAGGCCAGCUACCAUUUCUGCAGAAUAGGUCACUAAGCAUGGAUACCUUGUUCGACAACACACAACAGCAAUCCCUUAUGCCGUGCCUUACACGCAUGCGGCUGAUAAAUUUCCCCAAGUUGAGAGCUCUCCCUGAUCAUCUUCACAGAAUUGUUAAUCUACAAAGGAUCCAAAUAGAAGGAGCUGACAGACUGCAGGACAUCAUCAAUCAUCCCGGGGUUGUGUGGCUCAAGACCCGGUUCAGAGCCUCUGCCUUGGCCUCUGAGGCUGCCUUGUGUGUGGGGCGCCGGCAGUGCAGAGCCUACGCCGGUGUAGAUCCACCACCGUACCAGCGUGUAGUGGUGCGGCUGUCGACAGUGGCAGACCCAGGAUUUGAGUCCACGAGAAUACUCUUUCAACUCAGUACACAGUACUAUGUACUCUACUCACAAAUUGAGCAGCAAGCAUCAUUCAGCAGCAAAUUCGCAAAUUACAGUCACCAAUUUCAAGCAUAUGUCUCUAUGCUCCCAACUCUCUACUCAGAAACUCACCAGAGAUGCUCAGAUGUGGAGGACAAGGACAGCGGCGGCGGGGUGUCGCCAGGUCGCCGCGUCGGGCCGAAGUCUGGUAGAUCCACAAAGUGUGUUGACAGGGGCGGCAUAGACGCGCAGCCGCGCAGGCCAGGUCCCGCGUGCGCGUGGCGCCAUCGCGCAGCUGCGCAGACUAGGUUGGCUGGUGCCCGCUCUGCGCCUCCACUGCUCGGGUGCCCUGGCCCCUGGGCCCUGGCAGCUUGCCGACGCCGCGACGUGCUGAUCUCCACGAGCAGCGACUAG